UGUUGAUGAUGAAGUGGCGCGCGGGGCGGAAUCUUUUUAAUUUCUCCGUUUUGGCAGGAGAGAUGACAGCUAGCGUGGCCCAUCCGACCGGUGAUGCAAUUUCGAAUAUGCGGGAGGCAUGGGCAAGGGUGACUGCGUGCUCCCUAGGACGAGAAGAUCGAUAGAAUACAUGCGCGCCUGACCACAUCGCGACGCGCACGAGUUCUCUACGCAAUCUGUAUCCGUGUUGCAUACGUCUGCCUCGCGGAGUUGUGCGUUUUUUCGCGAGGUGCGGUCAGGUGCUUCGUUAGACGAUUGUGACGCUUGCGAACGCGGCGAUCAUCAAGUCGUACCGUCGACGAAACGGCGCGAAUAAUAACGCCGUAAGGCUUCCUCGCUGUCAGUGCCGUCGGAACAUCCCGCAUCUCACCCGCAGCGUCCCGCCCGCGUUCGUGCAGUCCGCGCCGCGACGGAAUUAAUACCUACGCGCACACUGACCUAGAAACGCUAAACCUCACGGGACGUCAUCGUUCACAUCGUUGUUUCUCCCCGAUAAUAGAUCCGUGAUUACAAUGCAAGCGGAGAAGAGUGAUACUGAUACCGAGAAACACGAGACUCUCAACGAUGUAACGACUUCGGUUGCGAAUGAGGUAACAAAUUUGAAGAUAGAAGAUGGUUCAACGAGUUCGACACCGAGUAGUCCUGGUAGCACUGAACCAGGUAGCUUUUUAGCGAGUUUCAAAGCGUUCUCCAAAUUCGGUGAUCCAAAGAGCGAUGGUAAGCUGAUUACGUUAAGUCAAAGUGACAAAUGGAUGAAGCAAGCGAAGGUGAUCGAUGGAAAGAAAAUUACUACCACUGACACGGGAAUUUACUUCAAAAAGCACAAAUCCACAAAGCUUGGUAUCGAGCAGUACAAAACGUUUCUUGAAGAAUUGGCUAAAAGUAAAAAAGUGGAAUUAGCGGAAAUAAAGAAGAAGAUGGCUAAUUGUGGGCCACCUGGAUUUUCUGGGGGCGCUAGCGGAGCUGGAAAAGCAGCGUCGACAGUUGACAGACUUACCGAUGUCAGCAAAUAUACCGGCUCCCACAAACAACGUUUCGACGAAGCAGGCAAAGGUAAAGGCAUAUCAGGUCGAAAGGAUAUACCAGACACAUCCGGAUACGUCCAAGGUUACCAAAAUAAAGAUACGUAUAAAGGCCAGUAGUACUCAUCUGAUUGCUCUAAUAAUAAAUAUCUUUAAAGUCAUGCUGUUAAAAUCGUGUUUAA